CUAUAAGGAUAGGCAAGCUCCAACGGAGACCGUACCUACUCCGGUAUAUAUAUUUCGUGGGCAUGAAGAACAAAUCAAUAGUUUACAAUUCGCCGAAGAUAAUUCGUUCCUGGUGUCAGGAGAUGCAGGUGGAAUCAUCAUGAUUUGGGAUAUGAAAACGAAACGUUCGGUUAUACGAUUUAAGGCUCACAAUGAUGGCAUUCUGCGAGCUACAGACGAUGUCACAUUUGUUAUUAACGUGAUACUUUGUGAAGGUAGUCAUGGAAGGGAUAAUUUCAUACACAUUUGGAAACAUAAUCAACUUUUGCAGGGAUCAAAUGGCACCAGAGAGGAUGCUUCGUCAUUGAAGCCUGAAAAGAGUUUGCCGGUAAAUUCUUUGAACUUUUGCAAAUUCGACAUACGCUACAGAAAAUCUGGAGUUGAUGAAGAGCAAGAAGAGAUCUUGGUGGUCAUUCCCAAUGUCACGGAAUCUUCUGCUAUUGAUAUUUGGAAUCUCUCGGAUCAACGAAUAAUUGCAUCUUCGAUUGGAUUGGAUCAGAAACAAGAAAGAGGUUAUUGCAUGGCCUUGAGAUUGAUCCAGUACCCCAAUAAUCAAGACCCUCAACCGAUUAACUAUUUGAUACUGGCAGCUUAUGAAAAUGGUGGUAUGGUCCUAUGGUCGGUGACAUUAGGAAGUGAUGAAAGAACGGUUGUUGAUCAAUUGUGGAGUCGUAAGGAGCAUAGUGAAAGUGGUCCGUAUGAAUCGAUAUCAAAUUGCCCUUUGGGUCUCGAUGUUUCGGUUGACAAAAAGUUUGCAAUAUCUACAGCUGGUGACAAUAAAAUUGUGAAAUACAUUUUUGAUGAAGAGAAUUAUCAUGCCGAACCGUUAAUCAAGAGCACAACUGUGAAAUAUGCUGGAAUAGCGGAUGUAAAGAUUCGGUCCGAUGGAAAGAUUUUUGCUACAGCUGGAUGGGAUGCAAAAAUUCGCGUAUUUUCAUCAAAGUCCCUAAAACCACUGGCAAUACUACAAUACCAUCGAGAAAGUGUCUACGCAUUAGCAUUUUCCUUAAUUUUGGGUCAAGAUGCUAUCAAACAAUCCGCAACGUUCGAAAAUGAACCCAAGGAUAAGAAUGUCGAUGACAGGAUUGUGCAAGAGCAGCGGCAACAAUUCGCGAAACAUUAUUUGGUUGGAAGCGGUAAAGAUCAUAGGAUUAGUUUGUGGGAAAUUUAUUAA